GUUCCUCUCCCGGUCCAGGGCGGGAGCUCCAGCAUCCCUCAGCUCCAUCCCUCUGCUCGGCCACGCUCCCCACUGCAGCGCCGGGGGUUCCCUGUAGGCAAGACCAGGACGAAAGACAAGUACCGGGUGGUGUACACAGACCACCAGCGCCUGGAACUGGAGAAGGAGUUUCACUACAGCCGCUACAUCACCAUCCGCCGCAAGACCGAGCUGGCCGCUGCCCUCGGGCUCACUGAACGGCAGGUGAAAAUCUGGUUUCAAAAUCGGAGGGCAAAGGAGAGGAAAGUGAACAAAAAGAAGAUGCAGCAGCAAAGCCAGCCCACCAGCACCACCACGCCAACCCCACCGGCUGUCGGCACGCUGGGACCUAUUGGAGGCCUCUGCAGCAACAGUGCCUCGAACCUUGUCUCCUCAUCUCCACUUACGAUCAAGGAGGAAUUCAUGCCUUAA